GGUAUGUGCGAUCCGGCUUCAUCCCCCCACUGGCCAUCCCCGCACUCACCGGACCCAAAUCCCCCAAGUCUCCAUGGCCCCCAGAUCGGAGCACGCCGGCGGGAGCGCCUCGGCGGCAGCGGCGGCGGCGGCGGCCGCCGCCCAGAGCCACGGAUCCGGGUUCGACUCCAUGGACCCCUUCUUCCACGCGCUCCGCGUGGUCCCCUUCGCCUUCCUCCAGCCGCCGCGCACCCGCCUGAAGCUGCCGUCCAACCUGGCGCUCCCGUCCCCGAUGGUCGUCUUCUCGCUCAUCCUGCUCACCUACUUUGCCGUCGUCUCCGGCCUCGUCUACGACGUCAUCGUCGAGCCCCCCGGCAUCGGCAGCUCCCAGGACCCGGCCACCGGCGCCGUCCGCCCCGUCGUCUUCCUCCCCGGCCGCGUCAACGGCCAGUACAUCAUCGAGGGCCUCUCCUCCGGCUUCAUGUUCCUCCUCGGGGGCGUCGGGGUCAUCCUCCUCGACCUGGCCGUCGACCGCACCAGGCCCCGCAGCCUGCGCGUCUCCUUCGGCGGCGCCGGCGUCGCCGCCAUCGUCAUCGCCUACGCCAUGGCCAUGCUCUUCCUCCGCAUCAAGAUACCCGGGUACCUAUGGUGAGGCAGAAAAAUCAUCUCCCCACUUCGUUAUGCCCAGAUCCGUCGUCAGAUCUGAGGAUGCUAAGCUGUUGCUGAUGACUCUAGUGUACAAUUUAAGUUAUGUUACCAUAGGAUGUUGGGUUGCACUCAAAUUUCAGUUGGUGAUCUGAGGACUAUCUAUUUCGAAUGAUACUAAGCUGUUGCUAUGAAGAUCCAUUUUCUGUUUGCUGUAUUUGUGCAAUUUCAGAACAUCUCUAAUAACUAGUUUGUGAUA